GCUUCUGUUGGUUCAGCUAAACUUUCAGUGACCCACACGGAAAAGCCGGAUAAACACGCCGACCUGAGAGCAGAAGAAUGGCGUUUUGUAAUUUCUUCGGUGGAGAGGUCUACAAAGACCACUUUAAGCCAGGGAUGUAUGCCUGUUCCAAAUGCGACCACCAGCUGUUCUCCAGCAGAUCAAAGUUUGAGCACUCGUCCCCUUGGCCAGCCUUCACAGAGACCAUCACUGAAGACAGUGUGUCCAAACAUGAAGAGAGACCUGGGGCAUACAAGGUGCGGUGUGGGAAAUGUGGAAAUGGACUAGGCCAUGAGUUUGUAAAUGACGGACCAGCCAAAGGUCUGUCUCGCUUCUGAAUAUUCAGCAGCUCACUGAAGUUCGUCCCUAAAGAUAAGGUAGAUGGACAGUAAGGUGAGCCGUCAGAGGCAAGCACUGCCGGACGUUUAGACGUUUCUCUGUGUUGCUGAAGGUGCGGACAGCGAAUGAAGUGUUCUGGGAAAAAGCCUGAUUAGGGAGCACCAGGGCACUGAUGAAGGAUGACCUCACUGACCAGCAACAACAGAAGACCAGUCACAACACUUCUAUUAUGUAAUCUUCAUGUGCAGGAUAGACUCACUUUGAUUACACGGUCACUGCCUCACCACUUUAACAAUUAUUGAAGUCCAUUUAUUGUCUCUUAUGUUGUCUCAUGGUAGAGUUCAUUCUAUUUUUACUGAGAGAAUCAAUGUUUUUAUUUAUGACCUGCAACCUUUUAAAAGAAAUGAAACCUUUUUAAAAGACUGUUUGUGGUAUUUUAAUAACUGGUACUUUUCCGUAAUGGCCUUUGUCCAGUGUUUGUUGUACUAGAUGCAGAAAAAAUAUGUAGCUAUAUUUUCACUCUUCAGGGGCCUACUUUAAAUUGAUCACUAUGACUGCUAUGCAAAUAUCUGAAAUAAAUAUUUUCUCUAACUAAA